CGCACCCGCCACCCCGCCGCCCGGGGCCUUCCUCGCCUUCCCUGCCUUCUCGGUACCUUCAACAGCGUCCCCGCGAGUGAGGCAUCUCGUGCCAUGUGGUCGUUGUAGAGAAGUGCCUGCUCAUGGUAACCAGCCAUGUCGGAUAUCAUUAUCAAUCUGGAUACAGCCCUUCACGAGUGCCCCCAAAGGGGUUCUGAAGGCAACAAGAAGCACCAGCGCUUCGUCAGACGCCGCCGUUUCUUGGAGAGGAGGGGCUUUCUGAAACAGAAACAGCUGCCGCCAGAGUCUGCCCUGCUCAAACGGGACGCUUCUCGUCGGGGCACAGGAGUGGACAGGGAGAGGGGCAAGAAGAGAAAGAAGGCGGAUGGUCAGGGUGGCCUGGAUGGAGCAGGCAGGGAUGCUGGCUUUGGAUGCGGGCCCAAAAAGCUUCCCAAGGAAAACGCUGCUCGCAGCGGCAGCAAGUCUUCAGGCUCUCGCCCCUCCCCCCAGUCCGAGGCCCCGGCGGUGCCCAGCAGAACGGGAAGCAGCUCCGCAAAGCCCAACGGGACGAAGAACAACGGCAGCGCGGGCGGGCUCAGCAAAGCCCACCUGUGGAGCGAGUACGACAGCGGCCUCACCGCAGCACUGGGCAGUCCCAGCAAAAUGGUGGCCAUUGACUGUGAGAUGGUGGGCACUGGGCCCGGCGGGCGGAACAGCGGCCUGGCCAGGUGCAGCAUCGUGGGCUACUACGGCGAUGUGAUGUAUGACAAAUACAUCCGGCCGGCCGAGCCCAUUACCAAUUACCGGACUAGGUGGAGCGGCAUCCGGAGGCAUCACAUGACGAAUGCUGCUCCUUUCAAGGCAGCCCAGAAAGAGAUCAUGAAGAUCCUGUCUGGGAAGAUCGUCAUCGGUCAUGCCAUCCACAAUGACUUCAAGGCCCUCAAAUACUUCCACCCCAAAUCAGCAACCAGGGAUACUUCGAAGAUCCCCCUCCUCAACCGCAAGGCCGGCUUCCCAGAGAACGAGUCGGCCUCGCUGAAGCGCCUCACCAAGCAGCUCCUCCACAGAGACAUCCAGGUCGGCCAGAACGGCCACUCUUCGGUGGAGGACGCCCGGGCCACGAUGGAGCUGUACAAAGUGGUUGAAGCCGACUGGGAGCAGCACUUGGCCUCGUGUCCAGGGCAGGACUGAUUCUUCCGGCUGCUGGCGCACGCCUUGGCCGCCCUCGACUUCCAGAGCUGGAGCUGCCGCCUCCCCCCCAGGAGAGUGGCUCCGCUGGGCCCGUGGGGGAGGGGGAGGUGGGAAGAGGUGACAUGGGGCGGGUAGGGGGAGUUGCGUGAAGACGGGCUUCUGGGGAGGGGGGCGGUGUCCAUUACAUCAUUUUCCAGUUCAGGCCUUACAAGUCUCGUUCCUCGGAGGCCGGGUGGGUGCCUCUUUUCUGCGUGACUGACUCAGCAUUCCCGCAGCUGGCUGCUCCUCCUUCCCGGCGGGGGCCCCAGAGAUUUCUCUACCUCUACGACAGCGUCAGACAGUGGCACGCCGGGAUUGGCAUCUUUCCUUGGCGGGAGUGAGGCGCCGUGCGUGCGGCCCAGGCCAGGCGUUCCGGCCCAGCCCAAGCCCAGCGUGCCAGCGGGAGGCCGGGCCAGGGUCUCCGUUCCGGGUUCUUCCUCCUGCCCUUGCCUUUGCCCCCGAUGCCAUCCCCACCCCCUCCUCCGUGUCCCUGCUGAGGAGGGAGUCCAGCGGGGAGGCCUGCUUGACUUGCUCGUGGGUCACAGGAGCGACAGGGUGUGUGUGUGUGUGUGUGUGUGUGACAAAAUAGGGGUAAAGAUACCAGGCUUUAAAGUGACAAGUGCAGCUUGCAUCAAGAGCGCCUGUUGCUGAGCUGAGUGGGUCUCCGCCACGGGCCCAGGAGGGUGGGCGCUAGGUGGUGCCGGGGGGGGGGUGCCUCUUCCGUGGCGCAGGUCUUCUUGCAGGGAGGGACCCGAUGAGCCUUCCCUGCUGCCUCUGGGCCACGGUCAAGGGAGCUGCUCUGGCCCACCUGACUCUCCCCGUGGUGUCGGGUGUGUGUGGGGGGGAGGGGUCCGUGGGGCGGUCUUGCGGUGAUGGGGGCCGCGGACCCAUGAAGCUGCCUUAGGCUGAACCGAACCCCCGAGGGCUCAUUCUGUCUGCCCAGACUGGCCGUGCCUCUCCAGGAUCUCGGCCCGGGCGGAGGUCCUCCCCCUCCCCUCCCCCUCCCGCCUGGUCCCUUCCACUGUGGAGAUGCCGCCGGGGACGGAACCUGGGACCUUCUGCAUGCCAAGCAGAGGCUCUUCCCCCCCCCCUGAGCCGUGGCCCCUCCCUGGCACCGGGAAAGCCCAGCCGUGGCCCCACUUUGUUUUGCAUAUCAGGAGUGCCAGGAGAGCAGCCAUCUUGGCGGGGGGCGGGGGCCAAGCCUGCCUCGGCGGGUGUUGUCCAGGUGGCUGCUCCCAGGAUUGGCUCCCCGGCAGCUGGCGUCUCAUGCCCUGCCGGCAGCGCUCUUGCUCUGGGAGGAGCUCCCUGUGAUGCAUGGGGCGGGGGGGGGAGAGGCCAGCCUGCACUCCGAGCCCCGGGUGACCCGG